UAUCUAGUCUCAAUUCAACCACUCUGCAGACUCCCGUCCGGUUCCGACUCCCAUCUCUUCCAUUUUUUCUAGUUUGAAUUGUUGACGAUCAUUUGUCAAAAUUUAAGGGCGUAAUAAUAAUGAAUAAAAGUCAUACCCAGAAGCUUCUUCAUCAUCUUCCAAAACACUUGUCACUCUCUCUUUAUAAAUAUACUCUCUUGCCUUAAGAUAAGGAUAAACAUACAGUCACACAUUACAGGAAAAAAGAAAGAAAAGUAGAGAGAUCUAGGAGGGGGCGACUGUAACCAGAGAACACACCAAUUUUUCAGAGAAAAAAAAUGGGUGGGAAAAGUACCAUGGCUGCUCUUUUAGUAAUUUUAGCUGCAAAUCUGUUGCAGAGUACUUAUGGCAGAACUUACACAGUGGGAGACUCCACCGGUUGGGGAAUCCCUGCUAAUAAUAACGAUGAUUUUUAUGAUGAUUGGGCUGACAAUAAAGAUUUCCUUGUUGGGGAUGUUCUAGUGUUCAACUUUACUAAUGGGCAACAUAAUGUUGUCGAAGUGACCGAAGCUGGUUACGAUGCUUGCAACGCUGCAAAUCCUGUAUCUACGGGGAGCACCGGACCGGCGAGGAUUACGCUUAACAGGACAGGGGAGUACUACUUUAUUUGUGGUAUCCCUGGUCACUGUUCUGCCGGCCAGAAGCUAAACGUGGAAGUACGAAAUGGUAACACCACCGGCGGUGUUACUCCGUCGACGCCUGUAACUCCAACCACCACCACUUAUACGGUGGGUGACUCCACUGGUUGGCGAGUCCCUACUAAUAAUGAUGAUUUUUAUGAGGAUUGGGCUGAUAAUAAACACUUCGUUGUCGGAGAUGUUUUAGUGUUUAAUUUUACGACCGGACAGCAUAAUGUUGCAGAGGUGACGGAAGAUGCUUACGAUGACUGCAACACUGCAAAUGCCAUAUCUACUUUGACCACCGGUCCGGCAAGGAUUACCCUUAACAAGACCGGUGACCAUUACUUCAUUUGCAGUGUCCCCGGUCAUUGUUCCGCCGGCCAAAAGCUCAAGGUUGAAGUUCGAACUGGUAACACCACCGGUGGCGUUGCUCCGUCGCCGCCUGUAACUCCAAGCACCACCACUUUUACAGUGGGUGACUCUACUGGUUGGCGUGUCCCUACCAAUGAUGAUUUUUAUGAGGAUUGGGCUGAUCAUAAACACUUCGUUGUUGGGGAUGUUUUAGUGUUUAAUUUUACGACCGGACAGCAUAAUGUUGCAGAAGUGACGGAAGAUGCUUACGAUGACUGCAACACUGCAAAUGCCAUAUCUACUUUGACCACCGGUCCGGCAAGGAUUACCCUUAACAAGACCGGUGACCAUUACUUCAUUUGCAGUGUCCCCGGUCAUUGUUCAGCCGGCCAAAAGCUCAAGGUUGAAGUUCGAACUGGUAACACCACCGGUGGCGUUGCUCCGUCGCCGCCUGUAACUCCAAGCACCACCACUUUUACGGUGGGUGACUCUACCGGUUGGCGUGUCCCUACCAAUAAUGAUGAUUUUUAUGAGGAUUGGGCUGAUCAUAAAGACUUCGUUGUUGGGGAUGUUUUAGUGUUUAAUUUUACGACCGGACAGCAUAAUGUUGCAGAGGUGACUGAAGAUGGUUACGACGACUGCAACGCUGCAAAUGCCAUAUCUACUUUGACCACCGGCCCGGCAAGGAUUACCCUCAACAGGACCGGUGACCACUACUUCAUUUGCAGUAUCCCCGGUCAUUGUUCCGCCGGCCAAAAACUCAAGGUCGAAGUCCGAAAUGGCAACCGCACCAGUACUUCCCCCACACCUGGAACCCCAAGCGCCGCCGCGCCUGGAACUUCGAGUUCACCCGGGACCAACUCAGCUUCCUCCCAUGUUGCUACUCUGUCUCUCGUCUUCUUCAUGUCUAUUGCCUUGACUUUGUUCUGUUGAUUAUGUCAUUAACCAUUUUUGCGUUUUUUCCCUUUUUAUGUGAUAUCAUGUGAGAUCAGAUUUGAGAUUUCAUUGGUUUUAUGAUAGUAGUGAUGAAAUAUGUAGUGAUAUUUUUCGUGAUUGAAUAAAUUUUUUUUUCCGAUAUUAA